GGAUAGGGAUCUGUCCAACCUGACCUAGACCAAUACAAUUGUCCUAUUUGGUCUUGACACAAAUUGACAAUAUCAGCAGGGGUCACCUUGAAAAAUACAAGUGUUAGGGUAGAUUUUUAAAAUUCUUCCUGGUCUUUUAAAAAAUAUAAUUACAAAUAAAACGAAGCUAAAAUGACAGACAGCUCUUCAAAAUCCAAGUUUAUAGAACGAGGGGCCUAUAAGGGCAAAGGCCUUGCUGUAUUUACAAGUGGGGGCGAUUCUCAGGGUAUGAAUGCGGCUGUGAGGGCUGUUGUUCGAAUGGGCAUAUAUCUAGGAUGCAAAGUGUAUUUCAUCAAGGAGGGUUAUCAAGGAAUGGUAGAUGGUGGAGAUAAUAUUGUUGAAGCUAACUGGUCUUCUGUAAGUUGUAUCAUACACAAAGGAGGAACCAUAAUUGGAUCUGCUAGAUGUAUGGACUUUAAGGAGCGAGCAGGUCGUUUGAAAGCUGCCAAAAAUCUGGUUGAUCGUGGUAUCAACCAUCUUGUUGUAAUCGGAGGAGAUGGUAGUUUAACUGGAGCCGAUUUAUUCCGUCAAGAAUGGAGCAGCCUAUUGGACGAGCUUCUUUCCGGCGGCCAGAUCACUCCAGAACUUCGAGACAAAAACAAAAACUUACAGAUCGUCGGUUUAGUCGGAUCUAUAGAUAAUGAUUUUUGUGGAACUGACAUGACCAUUGGUACUGACAGUGCUUUGCACAGGAUCAUUGAGGCCAUUGAUGCUAUCGUUAGUACUGCUUAUUCUCAUCAACGUACAUUUAUUAUGGAAGUCAUGGGCAGACACUGUGGAUACCUGGCUAUUGUUGCGGCUUUGACCACUGAAGCUGACUACGUUUUCAUUCCCGAAUCUCCACCCCCGGGCGAUUGGAAGAAACGACUCUGUGAUAAACUGGAACAGGAAAGGGCUGCUGGCCAACGCUUGAACAUUAUCAUAGUAGCGGAAGGUGCGAUAGAUAGAAAUGGUGUAGCCAUCACUGCGGAACAAGUAAAGAAAGUUGUCGUAGACAACUUACACCAGGACACCAGAAUAACAGUUCUCGGUCAUGUACAACGUGGUGGAAAUCCAUCAGCUUUUGAUAGAGUAUUGGGAUCCAGAAUGGGUGCUGAAGCUGUGAUGGCUCUGAUGGAAUCUACCGAAGAAACUGAAGCUUGCGUUAUUUCUCUGGACGGAAAUCAAGCUGUCAGAAUACCAUUGAUGGAAGGUGUCAAGCAGACCAAAGCCGUAGCUAAGGCUAUGGACGAGAAGCAGUGGGAUAAAGCCGUAGAACUUAGAGGCAAGUCUUUCCAAAGAAAUCUAGAAACCUACAAGCUGUUAACACGUCUAAAGCCACCAAAGGAAUUUUUUGAAGAUGGAGCCAAAAUUAAAUCAGCUAAUCGAGAACCUGUUGAUUUUUGCCAUCAGACGAACAACAGACUUCACAAGCAAGAUACACUAUGGGGAUCGGAAGGUUACGUUAUGGCCGUAAUACACGUAGGAGCACCAGCUUGUGGCAUGAAUGCUGCAGUUCGCUCUUUCGUUCGAAAUUGUAUAUAUCGGGGAGAUACUGUUAUAGGAAUCCAUGACGGUUGGGAAGGACUCUUAGCUGGCAACGUUAAGAAAAUGGCGUGGUCCGAUGUCACCGGAUGGGUUGGACAAGGUGGUGCUUACUUGGGAACGAAAAGAUCUUUACCUACCAACAAACUGGAUCAAGUAGCGAAGAGAUUAGUCGAGUAUGGAAUCCAGGCAUUGUUAAUUAUCGGUGGUUUUGAGGCUUAUCAAUCUGGAUUGAUGUUUACCGAAAAUAGAGAUAAAUACGAAGCCUUCCGCAUUCCUAUCAUGGUGAUUCCCAGUACCAUUAGUAACAAUGUACCAGGAACUGAAUUUUCUCUAGGUUGUGAUACUGCUUUGAAUGAGAUCACCGAAAUAUGUGAUCGCAUCAGACAAUCCGCUCAGGGAACAAAGAGAAGAGUAUUUGUGAUCGAAACCAUGGGUGGAUAUUGUGGAUAUUUGGCAACUUUAGCAGGUUUGGCUGGCGGUGCUGACGCGGCCUAUAUCCACGAAGAAAAGUUUACCAUCAAAGAACUUCAAGAAGAUGUCUAUCAUAUGGCUGCUAAGAUGUCUGAAGGUGUCCAAAGAGGAUUGAUCUUGCGUAACGAGAAAGCAUCAGAUAAUUAUAACACCGAAUUUAUAUAUCGUCUAUAUUCUGAAGAAGGAAAAGGAUUGUUUAGCGCCAGGAUGAAUAUAUUAGGUCAUAUGCAACAAGGUGGUUCUCCAACUCCAUUUGACAGAAACUUAGGAACAAAAAUGGCGGCCAAAGCAGUGGACUGGUUUGUCUGCCAAUUGAAAAACAACAUGGUAGAUGGCAAACCGAAUUGCACUGAUCCAAACACUGCCUGUUUGUUAGGAGUCCUAAAAAGACAGUAUAAGUGUACUCCACUGUCAGUGUUGAAAGAGGAGACUAACUUUGACAAACGUAUUCCCAAGGAGCAGUGGUGGUUGAAAUUACGUCCCCUACUUCGUAUUUUGGCGAAGCACGAUUCAGCAUAUCAGGAAGAAGGCAUGUAUCUGACAGUCGAGGAACAUAAUCAAGCCGACAACCUCUAUGGUUGAUCAGGCCAAAUAUUCAGGGAAUAUUUUAGUUAAAAUUCUUCUCGUAAAGAAUUUACACAUGUUUAUGAAAUAAGUAAAAAAAAUGACAGAAAAUAAGUAUCAAAAUUGUGAUUUCUCACAAUAUUUGUAGAUUCUUUAGGAUGAAAGUGUAUUCGUUGAUUUUGAAAUGUUUACAUUGAGUUGUUAUACAUAUAUCGCGCUGUGGUAAUUCUUUAUGGAUGUAUUUAUUCUAAAUAUUUUUAACGGGGCAUCAAAAUCAGCUUUAUUUAUUUUAUUGAUAUUUAAUGUAGGGAUUUUUAGAUAUACAGAUUUUACAGGCUAUUAAUUUUUAGACACAAUGGGAUCAUAUUCUCUUGAAAGGAAAUUAUUUUCAACAUAUAUUGUUAUCGUAUUAAGUACCUUCUUUAUUGUACUAAAUUAACCUUCCAGUAGUAUAUUUUUUGGACAUGGAUACUCGUGCCGGUCCAAGAGACCGCUAUUUAUUUAACAUUGUGUUUGGAAAAAUAUUUUCACUUUUCAUUUGGUGAACAACAUGUUGGGCUUUUAGGAUUAAUCAUACACACAUAGUAAAAGAAACAUUUUACUUAUUACUCCUAGAUUGUAGAUUGUAGAUUGCAAAAGGGGUCGAUUGGCCCAGUUGACCUUACUACACUGCGACCUAUAAGAUCUUUUGUGUAUACCCUACAUCUAUAUUUUAGUCCAAAAGGUCUAGGCUUCUAAGAAAGUCCAUUAUCCGUUUUGGAGCUAGGUUUGUAAUCUGAUCAGGAUCAAGGAAUACCUGUUCCAGAUAUUUAUGGCGUUGCCGAACAAUUACUCUGCAAUUGCAGAUAAUAUGUUCUGACGUCUCAUCUGCCUCAUCGCAGAAUCUACAUGUCCCACUGUCCAGUAUGCCCAUUUUACAGAGAUGAUAUCUGAGUGAGCAGUGUCCAGUGAGAAUUCCUGUGAUUACUCUGAGAUCAGAUUUCUGAAGCUCUAAGAGUAAUUUGGCGUACCGGGCAGAGGGUCGUAAUAACCUUUUUGCCUGUCUUUGGCCUGGAACAUUUUUCCAGUAGGCUGCACUGAGUUCCUUUUCAUAUUUUCGAACUUCUUCCAUUAUGCGGCUUUUUGGUAUGCCACAAAAUGGUUCAGGUCCGAUGAAAGGAGUACAAGCUCCUUCCUUUGCGAGACUAUCGGCAAUCUCAUUUCCGACAAUUCCUUUAUGCCCUGGCACCCAUAGCAACGUUAGUUUGUUGCGACUUGUCAGUUGUUUAAGGGAUUGUUUGCAAUUCCAGGCUAUUUUUUACUCGUAAGUUGUGGACUUCAGAGCCUUCAAAGCAGCCUGACUAUCAGAUGCAAUAAAUAUUCUUGCUGAGUUGAGGCCUUUCCUUAGGCUCCUAACUCCUUAUUACUCCUAACGCAGAACUUAAAUUUCUAUCCUAAAAAGUCAAUGUUAAGAAAAUUAAAAUCUAAUUUUGUAUUGAAAUGUCUAGAGGAUUAUGGUUAAAAAAUAAUUGUGAAAACUGACAUUACUCCUGGGUGCAUCUGCUUAUAAAGACAACUAUACUACUAUUAGCUGGUCGUGCUGCAUCACUUUUUCCAUCAAUUUUUUUAACCUCACCUGCUGUUUUUCAUAGUUAUUAAUGUCUGUAAUACAUUAUAAAUGAAUAGAUCAGGUAAAAACAACUAUAUCCAAUAAUAAGUAUCUUUAUCAAUAAAUUGAAGUCAAAAAAAGAAAAAUACUACACGAGUAGUCAUCCCGGUCUCACAGACCGUUUAACUUUUUAACGGUUCUUAUAUAAACUUAAACUGUGUCACACUAACGCACAACGAUAGUAAGAUCCAUAAAGAAAAAAUUUUCUUUAGCUGGCUGAUUUUCUCAUAAAAAAAAUUUCUCCAAUAAUUACAAAAAUUGAAGAAAGAAAUCUUCUGUGUAAAAGGUAUAUUUAUUUGAAACCCCCAGUGAAGGGCUACAUUAAAAACAGAACGUUUUCGCUCUAAAGAGAGCAUCAUCAGUGUUCUAAGCCUAAAAUAAGUAUAACUAUAAUUAGUGAAGACAAAGUAAAAAAUUUUAAAGGUUGACCAAGAUAAAAAAUUAGGUUAUACUCACAAGCUCUACGUACUAAGCCAACAAAAAUAUAUGGGUUAAUACCCUUAAAAUGUCGACUAAAAGUCUUACAUUGACGUGUUGUAUAUUAAAUGCUGGCCACAGCAUAAUAAACGAAACCAGCAAGGACACUCCCUGAUGCCGCCUUUGAAGUUGAAAAGUACAGGGUCGCCAUUUUUCGCGUAAUACAUCUCAGUGGUGAUGUGAUGUGCUGGUUCAUCAGUGUUGCCGAUGUCACCAACUUUAUUACCCGUAAGAGAUUCUUUUUGAAUAAUUUCUGGAAUUUAUGCAAAAGAUUAACAAUACAAUCGCCAUUCAUCGUCAAUAUUUUGUGUUAUGUCUCAAUUAUUGACAUAAUUCCCACAGGCAUACGUAUAAAAUUAUGUUAAAAAAUAUGAAUGUCAUAAAAGUUAAGUAAAUCUGAUAAUUAUGUAUAAAUCGGCAACACUGUCAAUUUUCUACAUUGUCUGGUACUACGCACAAAAUGGCCGACGAUCUGCACAGUAAUAGUGCGCGAACUUUUCCCGCCUACUAGUGUGUCACUGCUGUUGCGUUUUCUAUGCUGUCUCCUGGCGAUGGAUGAAAUUUAGAAAGAUGCCUCAAGGCAUCAUAUGACUAUUCCGCGAGCAUGUGGGUGGUUGAGUCGAUUUCUCUGUCUUCACAAAGAGAAAGGUGAAAGUCAACUGAUUACAGGUGACAGGUGUGAAAGCGUUUCUGACUAAUGACAAUACAAGACAGACAGUGUAACAUGAAGUUUUGUGAACUGAUAUGUAGUUAGGUACACUAGCCACUAGUUUUAAAAAUUAUUUGUAGUAAAAUUCAAUAAUAACAACAAACAUCGUGUGCUGGGAUUACAAGUAUUUCCUAUUAAGCUAACAAGAAUAAUAGGAAAUACUUGUAAUCCCAGCACACGAUGUUUGUUGUCAUUAUUGAAUUUUACUACAAAUAAUUUUUAAAACUAGUGGCUAGUGUACCUAACUACAUAUCAGUUCACAAAACUUCAUGUUACACUGUCUGUCUCUUACUGUCAUUAGUCAGAAACGCUUUCACAUCUGUCACCUGUAAUCAGUUGGUUUUCACCUUUCUCUUUGUGAAGACAGAGAAAUCGACUCAAUCACCCACAUGCUCGUGGAAUAGUCAUAUGAUGCUUUGAGGUAUCUUUCUAAAUUUCAUCCAUCUCCAGGAUUUAGUAUACAACACGUCAAUGUAAGACUUUUAGUCGACAUUUUAAGGGUUUUGACCCAUGUAUUUUUGGUGGCUUAGCACGUAGAGCUUGUGAGUAUAACCUAAUUUUUAUCUUGGUCAACCUUUAAAAUUGUUUACUUUGUCUUCACUAAUUAUGGUUAUACUUAUUUUGGGCUUAGAACACUGAUGAAUCUCUCUUUAGAGCGAAAACGUUCUGUUUUUUAAUGUAACCCUUUAUUGGGGUUUUCAAAUAAAUAUACCUUUUACACAGAAGAUUUUUUUCUUCAAUUUUUGAUAGUAAGAUAGUUGAGCAGGUACUGUGCCUUCCUUUCUUAGUUUCUUUCUUCCCCACUUUCUCCAAAAUCAGACAUUGAACUGUCACGCGGACUGUGAGACCGUGCGCGACUACUGGAAGGUUAAUUUGAAAAUUAGAUCAUCGAUGCCAGUAGAAUUGUUUAAAAUAUUUUUAUGGGGUAUUGCUGCCAAAAAACUCAGGUUAUUUUUUUAGGUUAUCUCACUUUAAUCAACCAGUACAUGUUUUGUUAAGCAAAGUCACAAAAAAUCCUUUGAUGUCGAUAAUAUCGUUUUGAUCUAAAAUUUGAAGUCGCUUUUAUUGAUGAUAUAUUAUUUAAUGUUCUUAUUUUAAAGAAUAAGGUAUUUUCUUUAUUUCUAAAUAUUUUUUAUAGAGGAAAGCUUAAAUAUUGCAGCACAUAUGAUUGUCUGCUGCUUGAUUUUGCUAAUUAAUAUUUUUUCAGCUAGUACUUUAUUUAAUUUAAUCUAUAUUUUAUCUAUAUUAUCUAUAUUUUAAAAAGUGUAACAUAUUUUCUUUAUAAUAUUAAUGUUUUUACUUUUUAUAUAAAGCCAAAUACUUUUUUAAUAUGUUGAAAUGCUCCUUUACUGGAGUGUGGCUCGUUGUAUUAUUUUAAUUCAAUUCUACAACCUUUUAAUACAUUACGGGAAAUCGGUAGGCGAUAAUUUAACAUCCUACGAAUUUCAUUGUUUUUCUAUAUCAUAUCGCAAUCUUUACACUACAACCAAAAUAGGAAUAGACGUGAGCUGCGCGCGAACCGUAGGAGGGAUGCAGAAUUCAUUUGAGGCUUAAAUUACAGAGUUGCUACGAUUACUAGCGUCCUAUUAGAGGUAAAACUCACUAACUACACUUUUCAGAAAGUGGAAAAAAAUCGAUUUAAAGGUACAAAUUGUGUUUUAAAUUCACCUGACUUGAAUAUUGGAAUUUUUUAAGGCAACUUUACAGAAUAAAUAAAAACAAAUAUCUCAAGCCAUGUUUCGUCACAGGAACUAUGAUACAAUCAAUAUUAGAUCAAUUUUUGUAGUUGAUAAGUUUUUCCAUGAACACAAUUUUUGGAUAUUGAUAUCCUAUUAGAGAUAAAACUCACUACACUUUAUACUUGAUGAAUUUUUCCAUGAACACAAUUAUUGGAUAUUGAGAAGUUAAUGAAUUUGUCUCCAUAAACUAUCAUGACUGAAGUUAUGAUUCAAAAUUCAAAAUAAGUAACAAAAAUGCAUUAUAUUACAAAAUGUUAAACCUAAAACAGAUUAUCUAACCUCUCACGGAACUAAAGCUGAGUCUCUGGUAAUGGUAAUGAAUGAUAAUGAAUAAAAUGUUAAUAAACAAUUAAAUAAAUUUCUACAAAACAGUUCCCUCUAGGUAUAAAAAAUCACAUGCGAUAGGAACAGAAGUAAAUUAUUGUUGAAAUAUCAACAUCCAUUUUUAUAGUUUCUAAUUUAUUGUUUGAAAGAUCACUAAGUACCGAUCCGGCACUCCAGAUUGUAAGGAAAAAUUCACUAAGUGCAAUAAUAAGUUUUAAUGAAUAAAACGGGAUAAUACCCGAAGGUUUGCUGUAUACCAUCUAAGUGGUUAAAUAAAAUUUAACUUGAAGUAAAACACUCCUUGGUGUAGUUGGUAUAUUUUAAUAAAAAUUUAAAAAUCCAAAAGGAUUACGUUCAGAUCGUUUUCGGACUUACCAGUCCAUCAUCAGUGAACUCACUGUCCUUGCUAAAUAGCCACAAUGCCAAACACUGGUUAAGUUGUAUGUUCCAACUACAUAGUAAAGAUUGUAAAAGAAUAUGGCCUAAAUUGGAUGCCAAUGGAUUACUUCCAGCAACACGAUGCUCUACUACAUUACAUUAAAAGAUUUUUUAUGUGAUUAGGUCUUCAUUGAACCACGUUUAGUCUGUCAAUGAUCCAAGUUUUAAUGAAUUUUACCCUGAAACCGAAAUUCACAAUAAUGCACUUAGUGAAUUGUACCAUAAAUUAUCUCGGCAAUUAGAAGAGUUAGAGCCUCAGGUGACUUCUCCAGGGCUGGGCAGUACCGUAUUGAGUUCAAAUCGAUGAAAAUGUCAAAAUCUCAAAAAAGUGCACUUAGUGAGUUUUACCUUUAAUAGGACGAAACAUUGACUGAAUUCUUUUGAAAUGUUUUUUAUGAAUCACUGUUUAUAACAAUAUAAUCAUUGUUUAUAAUCCAACCAAGCUAUUUUGACCAGUCUGUAAUUUCCGUCUUCUUUGAAUAUUCUUAAAAUAUUUAUAUCGUAAAAUGUUUUCCGUUAGCAUCAGUUAAUGGCUCCUUUGAAAUGAAAUCAUCCUCACUUUGCCAGCAAUUUUUUUUCACUCUUCGACGGAAAAUAUUUCAAGCACUCAUCCGGCAAUUUUUGAAGAGAAUUAAAAGUGAAAUCUACAUUUCAUGUUCCAACAUAAUUUUUUAGUGCUGCCCAAACAAGCUCUUCUUCUUCUUUAGGGGACCGUCUUCUUAGCGAAGGCUGGCGAUAAGUUCUGCAAAGUCUUUGAAAAGUCUAAUCCUGUUCAUUUUUUUAUGUUGCGCACCCAGGUCAUUUGUCGUCUACCCGGGCCGCGUCUUUUUUCUGUUUUCCCUUCUAUAAUAAGUUGAAGGAAGUUAUACCUGUCGUGUCUAAAUAUGUGUCGAACAUACGUGUUUUACGUUUCUUGACAAUUUCUGAGUUCACGUUCUCUACAAGCUAUAUCGGGUUUAAAUCUGGAUGAUGUGGAGGGAGCCUUAAUACAUCAUGGCCGUUAUUUGUAAUAUGGAAUGAACAGCAAAUCUAACAUAUUUCGGGUAUGUAAUUUUAUAAUGGCAUACAGAUCUGGCUUGAGCAUGUUAGCAGGAAAAGGGAUUCUAGCUUUUAGUCAAUAUAUAUCAUUUUACUCUUUACUAUUGAAAAGGUUGGUGCUUUAUCCUCUUGAGUAUUAUGAUAGGGAGCAUUGUUUAUUACGAUGACAUCGUUGGGAGAUAAAUUACUAAACAAUUUUUCUUCUACCUAGUUUUUGUAGUUGACAAAAUUCUUAUCAUCAUGGUAAUCACCCGAUUUAGUUUGGUACUUGUUACACACAGAAAAUGCUACCCAAAAAUCGUAUUAUAAUCCACUAUUCUUUUUAUUAGAUUGUUUAUCAAAUUACUCGUUAUUGUAGUUACACGCUCCUGUACUUUUUAAAUGUAAUUUUUUAGAUUAAAUGAAGAAUUACAGCACGACCAAAUUCACUUGUAUGCGCAGUGGUGUUGAGGUUCGGUUUUUCCAAAUUUUUUGAAUUGUAUUUUGGUAACGUCUCGGCAAGUAAAAUACCUGCACAGUACCAAAGUAAAUUUGAGAAAAUGUGGAAAACCCGAACGUCAACAAUAGUGCGCAUUCAAAUCUCAAAUACAAAGUACAUAUGAAUUCGGUCGUGUUGUACAAGAUUCAAAAUCACUAGUAUUAAAAAUUGAGAUUCGCAAAACUUGGCAACGUCGCGAAAAGUGGUACUGAAUAAACUGAGCGCUCUGCGCCGUAAUUUGAAACCUGCCAAGCGCGCACAGUAUGUUAACGUGUAUUCCUAUUUCGGUUUAUCUGUUAUAGAAAAAAAAUAUCCAUGGUGUUCUUUAUUAAUAGCCUCAUUUUGUUUUUUCUUUUUCGAUUAUAGUAUAGAGUCUUGAAAUAACUGAUUAUUGUUUCAAUUUAUUUAUAUGAAUGUAUUUUUCAUGUGAUCUAUACGUCCGUGAUUUUACAAAUUAAGUAUUAUUCUCCAUAUAUUUAUUAAAAAGCCGAGCGUUACUUUAAGUACUCGAAAAAUUGUUAUUAAUUUUAAAGUAUAAAAAAACAGAUAUAUUGUGACAUAAUAAAAAUGUUUGAAAAUGCA